AUGUGGUCGACACACACGCAAACGCACGUCACAACUUUGUUGCAGCUCUUAAUACAAAGAUACUUCGCACAAUUCUCCUCAGUGCUGAUUGUCCAUGAUGGGCGCGUUGACGCAGACAGCGCCUUGCAGCGGGAAUACCUCRAGGCAGUGCAGCUGGCAUUCCGCAAUCUGUCCCAGCAGGGACGCCUAAUUGGACUGCAAUGGAUUGAUGUCAGUCAACUGRAUGGCGGUGGCAGCGGCGAAGGCAGCUGCCGCAGCAGCAAUUGCGGAGACAAUUACAACAACACAUGCGCUGACAAUUUGGCCUACAACGAUGAGUUGGAGCUGUGUGUGCUGCGCGCCGUUGACAUUGUAACCGAGGGUUUCAUCACCAUUCUUUCGGACACAGUGCGUUUCCUGCACGCUCGCUACUUUGCCACACGCAACGCGGAGUUACGCCUCAAGGAUAAAUUUUAUCUCUUUUUUUGUGAGCAUGAACGUCCCGAGGAGCUGCUAUCAACCGAGGUACUGCAGUUUUACCCGCACCACCUUAUGGUGACACCGGAAACGCUCACGGCACAACAAAGCGACAACSCACAAGCAACAACUAAACUAACUACAACCACACCGUUAUCCACACUCGCCACGGCAUCUCCAAGCAUGCACCGCGACAUCAACAUCCAACUGUGGACACAAAAGUUUGUCGGCGCCAGCGGCAAUUUGGAAGCACUGCUGCUGGACGCAUUCUUGCCGAACGAAACUUUUGCCCGGAACGCCGAACUUUACCCAAAUAAAGUUAACAAUCUGCGAGGGCGCACAAUCCGUGUCGGCUCCAUUACAUACAUACCAUAUGUGGUGGCUAAUUAUGUGUAUUUGGGUUCUGAAGCGGAGCUUAUGAAAUCUUUCUGUGAAGUGCGCAAUUGCCAUAUACGCUUGGAACCAUACGGUGCCGAUAACUGGGGUUACAUUUAUGAGAACGAGAGCGCCACCGGUAUGUUGGGUGAUGUGUACACACAAAAUGUCGAAGUGGCCAUCGGCUGCAUUUACAACUGGUACAACAACAUCACGGAAACUUCCAACAUCAUUGCACGAUCGUCUGUAGCGAUUUUAGGGCCAGCGCCAGCACAAUUUCCCGCUUGGCGUGCCAAUAUAAUGCCAUUCAGUAACGCCCUCUGGAUUUUCUUAAUACUGACGAUUCUACUUUGUGCCGCCGUUAUGUAUUUUAUYCGGUUUGUAGCCUCUCUGCUGGACAAAUGGCUUAGGGGUGUACAAUGUGAUUUUCAACAUGUAACAGCAUUUGGACAAGCGACRUUGGAUAUGUUUGCGGUUUUCAUACAACAGCCAUCCGGGCCGACAAGUCUAAACACUUUUGCCGCCCGUUUCUUUCUGGCGAUGAUACUCUGUGCCACUAUUACCUUGGAGAACACCUAUAGUGGUCAAUUGAAAUCCAUACUGACUGUACCGUUAUUCACCGAGGCUGUUGAUACUAUGGAAAAAUGGUCGAAAACGGAUUGGACUUGGUCAGCGCCAUCCAUUGUAUGGAUUCAAACUAUAGACAGCUCUAAUAUCGAGAAAGAGCAAAUAAUGUCCGAGAAAUUCGAAGUGCGCGACUAUGAUUUUUUAUACAAUGCCAGCUUUCGUUCAGACUACGGACUGGGUAUCGAACGUCUUAUGAGUGGCUCUUUUUCUUUUGGUGAUUAUGUGACAGCGCCUGCUUUAGAAACAAAAAUUGUAUCUAAAGAUGAUUUAUACUUUGAUUGGAGYCGUGCUGUCUCCAUAAGGGGCUGGCCACUGAUGCCGCUCUUUGACAAACAUAUACGCGCUUGCRUUGAAACGGGACUUUUUGUACAUUGGGAAAGAAAGAUUGUGGCAAAAUACCUGAAUCGGCAAACACAGGAAAUUAUGCUGAACUUGGCUUCRGGGCACAUCAAUAAAUUACCACCACAAAAGCUAACCAUCGAAAAUAUUUCGGGCGCCAUAUUUGCGUUGCUCUUCGGCUGCCUGAUUGCGAGCUUCUUAUUUGUGCUGGAAUUGACUGCUUACUACUUCAAUAAGUUUCAGGGCUUAUAUAUGGAAAACAGUAAAAACUAA